AUGAAGGGCCAGCAGACAGCUGCACUUGGUGAGACAGAGUACGCAAAGCCCGGAUGUUUGCUCCGUGUGAAUCGUCAAACUCUCCGCGAAGUAUUGUGGCAGGACAUUGAUAUACACAAUGACAAGGCAUUUGAUCACUACGAGGAAUCGGAAAACUGUGCUACGGCAUAUUUCAAGGAUUUAACAAUUUUCACUGGAGAUAUUAUAGUCGGAGCAGAUGGUGCCCAUAGUGCUGUUUCGCAGUCUGUCCCCGCACCCACCAGUGCACUCUUCCGAGUCGCCGGUUAA